UUUUUAGUUGAAUCGUGCAGUUGAAGUUCAGUCGGUCAAUCGGCGUGUACGGAAAUAUACUUUCGGACAUUUGUUGGAAUUUGCUAGACGGUGAAACGGUUUUGAAAUAACUGCAUACAAACAUAUGUACAUAGAUACUCGUAAAUAGAUUUAUAUCUGCGUGCUACAUACACUGCCACACACGUAAUUCGUAAUCGACGGUAUAAGCGCGUAAAUCGGACGGUUUAUUUAUUUUCGGUUGAUUUAUUGCUACUUUUUAGAGUUUGGAAAAUUAGAUAGAAAGUGAAGGAAAGCCUUUAGUAAAAAAAAUGGCCGACGUUGAAAUUAUGCAAACCGUUUCGGAAACGAAGAAAACGAAGAAAGUUAAGAAAACAACAAAACGACGCGAAUCUGAAGUUCAAAUAACCGAAGUCGAGCAUACCGAUCAAAAUGAGGAGAAGGGUGGCGAAUAUACGAAGGCCAUGGAUAAGGAUUGGCAUUCGGGCCAUUUUUGCUGUUGGCAAUGCGAUGAAAGUCUAACUGGACAGCGUUACGUCAUUCGUGACGAUCAUCCGUAUUGCAUUAAAUGUUACGAAAAUGUAUUCGCCAAUACGUGCGAGGAAUGCAACAAGAUCAUCGGAAUCGAUUCGAAGGAUCUUUCCUACAAAGACAAGCAUUGGCACGAAGCCUGCUUCCUAUGUUUCAAGUGCCAUUUGUCGUUGGUGGAUAAGCAAUUCGGCGCCAAAGCCGAUAAAAUCUAUUGCGGCACUUGUUAUGAUGCACAAUUUGCAUCGCGCUGUGAUGGCUGUGGUGAGGUGUUCCGAGCAGGCACCAAAAAAAUGGAAUACAAGACACGUCAAUGGCAUGAGAACUGCUUCUGUUGUUGUGUCUGCAAAAUGGCCAUUGGCACUAAGUCGUUCAUCCCUAGAGAGCAGGAGAUCUAUUGUGCUGGCUGUUAUGAAGAGAAAUUCGCUACUAGAUGCAUCAAGUGCAACAAGGUAAUCACCUCAGGUGGUGUCACCUACAAGAACGAGCCAUGGCAUCGCGAAUGCUUCACAUGCACCCACUGCAAUAUCACAUUGGCCGGACAACGCUUCACCAGUCGCGAUGAGAAGCCCUACUGUGCCGAUUGCUUUGGUGAAUUAUUUGCCAAACGUUGUACAGCAUGUGAGAAACCCAUUACAGGCAUUGGCGGCACCCGAUUCAUCUCGUUCGAAGAUCGCCAUUGGCAUCACGAUUGUUUCGUGUGUGCCAGCUGCAAGACCAGUCUAGUCGGACGCGGUUUCAUCACCGAUGGACCCGAUAUCAUUUGUCCCGAAUGCGCCAAGCAGCGACUUAUGUAAGAAUGAGGACGUCAGCUAUGUUGUAUGUGAACCUAAGUGAACAUGCAUAGCACGUGGCAUGAUGCUCUCUAUCAAGUUAUUAAAAAAAAACAAUGGAAAAU